GAGAAAUCUGACUCACGGUUAAAUACUGGCUGCUAAUCCAGCCUUCAUUGCCAAUCCUCUUAUGCGACCUUUAUAUCUGACACGGUUUCUUCGUGCUUGCGAAACACCAAGGUCUCAAUGUGAUGAUGCGAGUUAUUCAUAUUUAGAGCUCUCCAGCAACACAACACUGUUUUGCGAGAGCAGCAGGCAGACUGUUGUGUUGUUAUUUUGAACUUCUACUUGUAUUGCGUGCACUGUAAAUGUGUUUUUAUUUAUUUAUUUAUUUAUUUCAGAUAAUACAACUGUAUACGUCUUUUGCAGCCAUGGGGAACGGAAUGAAUAAGGUUGUAGAUGGGCUCUACCUAGGGAACAUAAGAGAUUCUGAGGACAAAGACAGUUUGGCCAAAAAUGGAGUCACACACAUUCUGUCUGUGUACAACAAUGCCAAACCAGUACUCCAGGACAUGACAUACCUUUGUAUACAAGCAUCCGAUUCUUCCAGCCAAAACCUGGUACAGCAUUUCAAGGAAUGUAUUAGUUUCAUCCAUGAGAGUCGACUUAGUGGUGGGGCCUGUCUGGUUCACUGCCUGGCUGGAGUUUCCCGCAGUACCACAGUGGUUGUGGCUUACCUCAUGACAGUGACAAACUUCAGCUGGGAAGAGUGCCUCUCUGCAGUGAAGGCUGUCCGCUCUUUUGUGGGGCCCAACUUCGGCUUUCAGCAGCAGCUGCAAGAAUUUCAGAUGACGCUGGUUUCAGAGUUCCGCAGGUGGCUCAGGAUGAAGUACAGCAACAACCCAUUCAACGACCAGGAGGUGGUUUGCAAGUUGCUCAGACAGUUUGAGCAGCAGCAGCAACAGCAGCGUCUGAGAAAUGGAGAGCAGAGCUGGAUGAACCACACGACAACCGUCUACCCACUGCCGUACAAUGCUUAUGGGUCAGCCAACAGCAGCUGGGUUCGCAGAUAGGAGCCCUAACCAUCAGAGAAGCUCACCAACGCAAGCCUUUAGACUCAGAGUGCGAGCCAAAUAGAAGCGUUACAGAAUGCUGUGUUCUUUAUGGAAUAUACCCAUUACAGUACUUACAGUUUGGGUUCUCUUUAGGUCUGAAAGUACCAAAAGGCUACAGAAUUAAUGUAACAGACGCUAUUGAAUUAUAUCUGGGUGGAUUAUUUAUCAUGAUUGUGUAACACUACUUUAAUUUUGUAUGUUAGGGAAUGGGUAUGAAGCUGCCUGGAGGGAGUCAUUAGUGAAAACAAUACCUGUACGUAUACAUAUCAGUAGCUGAACGCUGUAUUUUAAAAGCCAAGUACAGUUUAUUAAUGAGUUUAUUGCAAAGAGCAAGGGGGCAGUAGGGAGCACAAGAAUUUCACAUGUCCAAUACAUAAAAAAAUCAUGAAUGGUUAAGAUGUUGACAUUCAAACCAGUGCCACAUUACAUAGCAUGCAACUGUCUUUUUUUGUACUUAGCUUGCAAAUCCACUUUUAAGGAUCUCUUGUGAGGUAAGUGACUCAUUUUAAUAAAGCAGAUUGCCAGUGCAGAAGUUCAGUUUUCGAAUGUCCUGUUUUAUGAGGUCUGCACGCAUCUCUUGGGUUGAGGUCUAUAGAAGAUGUACACAUUUUUCACAGGAUAGGUUUUUAAAUACACUAUAAAUGGGUGGGACAAAAGUCUUGAGCACUGUUCUGUUAUUGGCAGAUGUACCAUCAGAAAAUAGGACAUUUUGCAGGAUGUUUGGAUGAUGUGUAGCACAUUCAGUCCUGAUAAGCAUCCCCAUCCCCAGAGAAAAUAUUCCAGUUAGACAUGUUGACCUCAAUGACCAUUUGAUAGUCCCUCUAAACCUCAACCAACAAUUGGCAUGUUUGUUAUGCUAGUACUCAAUGAUUUUUACAAUGGUGCGCAAUGUUAACCUCACCGUAGAUCUGAACUCUCCCCUCUGCUCUUGUUAAAGCUGUUAUAAAUCCCCAAAUACGAGCCAACACUUAAUAAAUCACAUGCUGAAUGCACAAUCAACACAUUCUACAGUUUAACUCCCAUGUAACCACAUUCUAGUAAUGGGUGUGCCACUGGGUGGUGUGGUGGGUGUUGGUUCCUGAUAAGGCAGUUAUCACAUGCUGGUUUAUAGCUCUAAUUGACAUCAAAUAUUGUAUGCAGUUGACAGUCAGGAAAUUAGAAUGGGCAGUUUAUGUAAAACUAUAUAUGUGCCAGGUACAAUUUGGUUAUGUUAUUUGCAUGUGAGCUUUUUAUUCAGUAUCUUGUAUCAAAUAUGAUUGGAAUACAGUGAUUGCUCAAAUAGGUCAAAAGUGAAAAUAAUGUGUGCAUUGCAAUUCACUGUGUUCGCUAUUACCCUUUCAGAACAUGACAGUUGUGAAUUUAGGUAGUGUGAAAUGCACAAAUUGAGUAAACUGAAUGUUUGUAUCUAAAUUUAAUUAGUAUGUCCAUGUAGAGUGUAUGUCUGGAUCACACAAAGUUCAAUAGUGAGGGCAGGAUUUUUGAUUAACAGGGAAAGCCACUGCAGAUUUAGAGACCCAGAGCAGGCUAGACAUGCACAUAGCCAACAUGCUCUGCAAGGGAAAGUGCCCACCAAGUCUGCCAUUUAAUUAUAUUCCAUGACAUCUUCAAUGGAAAUUCUGGGAAUAAAUGAGAUGUACUGUAUGUUUUUCCUCUGGUUUCAGGUUUGGCUCAUAACCAAAUGACUGCAUUACUGUAAUUCUCAGGAAGAUGAAGACACGUGCUUUCUGUGCUGUCUUCUUUUUAUAUAUUGGGGUGGAGAGCUAAAACUUUGGACCUCAUUCAGAAAUGGUGCCCUGUAGUGACUCUUCUUUUAGCACGGGUCACUGCUACUUUAUAUUGAGUCAUUUUAGAAAUAGCUAUGUAAUAUUGUGGUAUAUAAAAGCAGACUAUUUAUUUAAAUCUGCUAUCUAAAGUGCGGUAGAUCUAAAUACCACCCUCGUUUAAAUCAUGAAAAGAAAGGGGCAUUAUGAAAUACAACAUCUCUUAGUGUGUGUGAGUUUCUUUGUUUUAUGUCUUUAAAAUGAUGCAAAAUGGCACUUUUGGUCCUGAUUUAUUCCUUAAACGGCAACUUACUUUAUAGGCGCCAAACUUUGGAUCAAUUGUAGAGACCCCCAGUGUUUUAAAAAAAUGUGAAUUGGUUUCAUGUAUUCAUACAAAUAAAAAGAUUAAUGAGUUUUUAGCAACAACAUACCUUUCCCUGUGCUACAUAGUUCUCACAUGUGCUGGUUUGAAAGAAACACAUGUAGCAAACACAUACUUGCAUUUAGAAAUGGAUGUUACCUAGCAUGCGAGCACAUAUCAUUUUGUAAUAAAAUAUCAUCUAAAAUAAAGAUUUUGCUUUCAAAACUGCACAAAACAGAUCUACAAAUAAAAUGACACAACAGAUAUGAUCUAUUGUUUUAUUUCAAAAGAAACUUAUCACUAUUAUAACACAUUUAUUUUCAAAAAGAAAUAAAGUAUAUAAAUGAUGGACAUUGACGAAAUGUUUUUAGUUUCUUUUUAAUCACUCGAUCAUUCAUCCUUGACCAUGACACGCUUGAGUGACUAUGACUGAAGCAUAUGCACUUAAUCACCUAAUUGGUGAGACAGUUGAUUGGACACUGGAUAUGGAAUGAUUUCGUGCAGCGCCUGCAUGCAAUCGGCAUGCUGGAGGCUGGAGUAGGGCAGCGUACUGUGGCUCGCCGUCUUGGGUACUCACAGCCAGCAAUUUCAAACCUGGCGAGAUGGUAUAACCAGACACACUCUUUCAAUGACAGGCCACAAACUGAGAGGCCGAGUCACAACACCUGCCCAAGAUUGACAGAUCAUUUUGCAGCAUUUUCGUGAUGUCAAUUGUUAAUCAGCACAAUAAAAAGUCACUGCACCUGCUCUAAAACAGAGUUUGUCAUUUUUUGAUCACAUCUAGUGAAUUUUAUCCAAAUAUAAGUGAUAAGUUUCUUUUGAUGCUCAAUUAUAAGUGAUACAUUUCUUUUGAUGCUCAGAUAUAAGUGUUAAGUUUAUUUUGAUGCUCAAAUAUAAGUGAUAAGUUUAUUUUGAUGCUCAGUAUAUUAUAAAGCUACCACUGUAUAUGGGGGUUAAACAUUUGAUUUGUCGACUUCCUUUAGGGACGGCGCGGCAGUCAACAGUUUUGUAAAUUUCCUUGCAUGUAGGCUAUUUGCCUAUUCUAUAGUGCAAAAGCUUGAUCUGUUUGUAAAGCACUUGGAAAUGAUUUGCUGCAUGAAAAAUGUGUCAGAAAAAAUAAAAGAUGUUAAAUUAU